GUUAUCAAAGCGCUUUUCGAUUACCAACCGGAGCCCGGGAACACACAGGAGCUUGCGUUCAGCAAGGGAGACUUCUUUCACGUUAUCAGCAGGGAGGACGACCAGGAUUGGUACGAAGCGUGCAAUCCCCUCAUCCCUAGUGCCAGGGGGUUGGUUCCCGUGUCCUUCUUCGAAGUCAUCGGUAAGAACGAGAGAGAUAGCGUCGGCUCCGUCGACUUCUUUAAAAAGAAAGAGCCGCACGACUCCGGUUUCUCAGAUCGCGCCGCGUUCCCCGCCUCCGAUUUCGUUCACAGCCCGCCCCGAUCCUCGUCGCAGCUCAGGAUGUCAGCGUUAGGGAAGGGCUCAAGCCCCAUGGUCUACGGCAUCGUUCAGUACGACUUCCAGGCCGAGCGACCAGAUGAACUGGACGCGAAGGCCGGCGAGGCCAUCAUCGUGAUUGCCCAGUCGAAUCCGGAAUGGUUUGUCGCUAAGCCUAUCGGUCGCCUGGGAGGGCCAGGUCUGAUCCCGGUCUCUUUUAUCGAGUUGCGCGACAUGCAAACCGGUCAGGCGGUAACCGAUCCGUUGGAAGCCGUCAGGCGCGCCGGCGUACCCAAGGUAGAGGAAUGGAAGAAGAUGACGGCCGAGUACAAGAAUAGCAGCAUCACACUGGGCAAAAUCGAGAGCAAUGGCUCCUCUUCGAUGCAGUCGGUCACGUCUGGAGUGGAUCGGAUGUCUAUUGGUCGCCAAAGCACGAGCCAGAUGAGCCAAAACGGCCACAUGUCGGCCUACCACAACCGUAACGCAAGCAAAAGUUCACUGGUGCAACAAGCUUCCCAUCAGUCCCAACAAAGCUACCAUCAACCUCUCAUGGCGCCUAUCGCUGCCUCAAUUCCUCGUUACUGCUUCGACAAUGACAAGUACUGGUAUAUCAUCGAGGCUAAGAUGGAGGACGGCCGUUGCUGGGAGUUGUCUCGCUACUACCACGACUUCUACGAUUUCCAGAUCGCCCUCUUGACCCAGUUCGAGGAAGAAGCGGGUAACCGUGGGAAGCCGCGCACGUUACCUUAUAUGCCGGGGCCUGUCACACACGUUACGGAUGCAAUCUCCAACGGCCGUCGUCAGAAUUUGGAUGAAUACAUCAAGAAAUUGCUGGCCAUGCCUCCUCACAUCUCCCGCUGCCAACUGGUCCGCCAACUAUUCGCACCCCGCGCUGGGGACUUCGAGAUUGAUCCGAGCGCAUUUGGCGAGGACGCACGGUUCUCGGGUGGCUCGCACCAUUCGUCGACGCAUGAGCCCUCGCGCAGCGUCUCGCGGCAGUCCUCGCAAGCUCCGAUCGCCGUGCACACUGAUCGCAACUCUCACCAACGCGGGCAGCCGUCGCUGUCUCUGGGCAACGGCAAUCCCCCUCCCAUGAACCGCCAACCUAGUUCGAUUACCCAAGUUUCUACCACCUCAAGCAGCGGCGCUAUGAAGGUUAAGGUGUUUUUCCAGGAUGACCUGAUCGCCAUCCGGGUCCCUAGUGAUAUCAGCCUCCAGCAGUUGAAGGAGAAGCUGAUUGACCGUCUGAAGAUUCAAGACGAAAUUGUCGUCCAGUAUAAGGAUGAGCCAUCCGGCACGUAUGUCGACUUGGCCAAUGACGCCGACCUUGACACGGCGAUCUCACGAAACUCCAAACUCACACUAUACGUCGGAAUCGCAUAG